AUGGGGCCUUCCGCGCAAAAUUACGACACACAAGAGGAAGAGGAUGUGGGGCCGCGCCAUGUUGAUCCCGACCACUUCCGCUCGACGACUCAGGACGCGUACAGGCCCGUUGAUCCCUCGGCGUACAAGCGCGCCUUGCCGCAGGAAGAGCAAGAGGAUGUGGGACCGCGCCAUGUUGAUCCCGACCACUUCCGCUCGACGACUCAGGACGCGUACAGGCCCGUUGAUCCCUCGGCGUACAAGCGCGCCUUGCCGCAGGAAGAGGAAGAGGAUGUGGGACCGCGCCACGUUGAUCCCGACCACUUCCGCUCGACGACUCAGGACGCGUACAGGCCCGUUGAUCCCUCGGCGUACAAGCGCGCCUUGCCGCAGGAAGAGGAAGAGGAUGUGGGACCGCGCCACGUUGAUCCCGACCACUUCCGCUCGACGACUCAGGACGCGUACAGGCCCGUUGAUCCCUCGGCGUACAAGCGCGCCUUGCCGCUGGAAGAGCAAGAGGAUGUGGGACCGCGCCACGUUGAUCCCGACCACUUCCGCUCGACGACUCAGGACGCGUACAGGCCCGUUGAUCCCUCGGCGUACAAGCGCGCCUUGCCGCAGGAAGAGCAAGAGGAUGUGGGACCGCGCCAUGUUGAUCCCGACCACUUCCGCUCGACGACUCAGGACGCGUACAGGCCCGUUGAUCCCUCGGCGUACAAGCGUGCCUUGCCGCUGGAAGAGCAAGAGGAUGUGGGACCGCGCCAUGUUGAUCCCGACCACUUCCGCUCGACGACUCAGGACGCGUACAGGCCCGUUGAUCCCUCGGCGUACAAGCGCGCCUUGCUGCUGGAAGAGGAAGAGGAUGUGGGACCGCGCCACGUUGAUCCCGACCACUUCCGCUCGACGACUCAGGACGCGUACAGGCCCGUUGAUCCCUCGGCGUACAAGCGUGCCUUGCCGCUGGAAGAGGAAGAGGAUGUGGGGCCGCGCCACGUUGAUCCCGACCACUUCCGCUCGACGACUCAGGACGCGUACAGGCCCGUUGAUCCCUCGGCGUACAAGCGCGCCUUGCCGCAGGAAGAGCAAGAGGAUGUGGGGCCGCGCCACGUUGAUCCCGACCACUUCCGCUCGACGACUCAGGACGCGUACAGGCCCGUUGAUCCCUCGGCGUACAAGCGCGCCUUGCCGCAGGAAGAGGAAGAGGAUGUGGGGCCGCGCCACGUUGAUCCCGACCACUUCCGCUCGACGACUCAGGACACGUACAGGCCCGUUGAUCCCUCGGCGUACAAGCGUGCCUUGCCGCAGGAAGAGCAAGAGGAUGUGGGACCGCGCCACGUUGAUCCCGACCACUUCCGCUCGACGACUCAGGACGCGUACAGGCCCGUUGAUCCCUCGGCGUACAAGCGCGCCUUGCCGCAGGAAGAGGAAGAGGAUGUGGGGCCGCGCCAUGUUGAUCCCGACCACUUCCGCUCGACGACUCAGGACGCGUACAGGCCCGUUGAUCCCUCGGCGUACAAGCGCGCCUUGCCGCAGGAAGAGCAAGAGGAUGUGGGGCCGCGCCACGUUGAUCCCGACCACUUCCGCUCGACGACUCAGGACGCGUACAGGCCCGUUGAUCCCUCGGCGUACAAGCGUGCCUUGCCGCUGGAAGAGGAAGAGGAUGUGGGGCCGCGCCAUGUUGAUCCCGACCACUUCCGCUCGACGACUCAGGAUGCGUACAGGCCCGUUGAUCCCUCGGCGUACAAGCGUGCCUUGCCGCAGGAAGAGCAAGAGGAUGUGGGACCGCGCCAUGUUGAUCCCGACCACUUCCGCUCGACGACUCAGGACGCGUACAGGCCCGUUGAUCCCUCGGCGUACAAGCGUGCCUUGCCGCAGGAAGAGCAAGAGGAUGUGGGACCGCGCCAUGUUGAUCCCGACCACUUCCGCUCGACGACUCAGGACGCGUACAGGCCCGUUGAUCCCUCGGCGUACAAGCGCGCCUUGCCGCAGGAAGAGCAAGAGGAUGUGGGACCGCGCCAUGUUGAUCCCGACCACUUCCGCUCGACGACUCAGGACGCGUACAGGCCCGUUGAUCCCUCGGCGUACAAGCGUGCCUUGCCGCAGGAAGAGCAAGAGGAUGUGGGACCGCGCCAUGUUGAUCCCGACCACUUCCGCUCGACGACUCAGGACGCGUACAGGCCCGUUGAUCCCUCGGCGUACAAGCGCGCCUUGCCGCAGGAAGAGCAAGAGGAUGUG